AUGGCGUAUCCACGGACGGCGGCUAAAGCACCUCUGCCUAAGACGGCGUCGCUUCGCCUUCUGGCAGUCAGCACCUUCUUUGGACUCGCUUCGCUGGCUUGGGGGUACAACAUCGGGAUUAUGGCCACGAUAUAUGUGCAUCCCGGGUUUAAAAAGUCACUGCAUAACCCUACGAAGGCGAUGACCGGACUGAUCACCUCGAUAUACUACCUUGGAACAUGGCUCAGCUACCUUUUCGUAUCGCAUCCUUUGGCCGACCGAUUCGGUCGUAGAAUAGCAGCCGCGACUGGUAUCCUUACUACCAGUGUUGGUGCAGCCAUUCAGACAGCGGCAAGAGGCGAGCAUGGCGUCGCAAUGAUGAUUGUAGGUCGCAUCGUGUGUGGAUUUGGCUUGGCCAUUGUAUCUACCUCUGUUCCGCUGUACCAAAGCGAAGUAUCGCCCGCAAAGCAUCGCGGACGAUAUGUCGUUAUCAACCACGUCGGCCUCGUCGCCGGCUUAGCCACCGCUUUCUGGGUUGGAUAUGGCGUGAGUCACUGGGAGACAGCCCGCGGGACCUACUACGGCUGGAGGCUUUCGAUGGCUCUUCAGUUCGUUCCCGAGAUCUUCUUCCUCAUUGGAGUGUUCUUCUGCCCGGAGACUCCUCGCUGGUUGGUCGAGCACGGCCGGAUCGAAGCGGCCAGACGAAACCUUGCCUGGCUCCGAGCUCUUAGUCCCUCUCAUGAGCUUGUCCAUGCGGAGCUGAAGGCGAUCGAAGACGAUGUACAACAACGCCAUGCGACUUCGCAGUCCUGGACCAUGCUCUUCACAGAUCGUCCGCUUUUCAAUCGGCUGUGGCGCGCCUCGCUUCUUCAGUUCAUGGCCCAGAUGUGCGGAAAUACUUCGAUGAAGUACUAUCUGCCAUCCAUCUUCAUGAGCCUCGGUAUCGAGCGUAAGUUGACGCUUAUGAUCGGUGGUAUCGAGAGUACUCUGAAGAUUGGAUGCACGCUGUUCGAUACCUGGCUGGUAGAUAGAUUCGGAAGGCGGCUAACCCUUGUGGUAUCAUGUAUUGUGAUGAGUAUUGCCUUGCUGCUCAACGGCGCAUUGCCACUCGCCUAUCCGAACAACGUCAAUCACGCAGCCGACUACGUUUGCAUCAUGUUCAUCUUCAUCUAUACCUUUGGGUACUCCAUUGGCUUCGGCCCAGCAGCAUGGGUGUACGGGUCUGAGAUCUUCCCCACGAAUUUCCGAGCUCGCGGCUUGAACAUCGCCGCUUCCGGCUCCUCCAUCGGCGCCAUCAUCUCCUCACAGACCUGGCCUGUGGGCAUGAAUAACAUCGGCUCAAAGACGCACUUCAUCUUCAUGAGCACGAAUCUCGUUUCAGCGAUCAUAAUCUGGUUCUUGUACCCCGAAACGAGCCAACGAAGUCUCGAAGACAUGGAAGCGCUCUUCAAUAAAGACUACCGACCUUCUGUCGACUCGGUAGAUAGAUACCAGGACGAUUUUGAUGAGACUGAUGCGACGAUCCCUGGCCCAAAAGGUACGCAGGCGUGA